ACUAAGCAAACGACGUCAAUUGAGGGCACAAAUCCUCGGGCUGACUCACAACUCACCCAGGGCUUAUAUAAGAGGCUCUAUAUAACUGUGCCUCUCCUUCAUCACUUAUCUCAACAUCAUCACGUCUUUUCCAGUUGUAGGGUCAAGUUACCGGUGCUGCGCCUCAAGCUUGCUUCUCCACUACCACCACGACUUCGUCUUUCCUAUCUGAUCUCGCUGUCGCCUUGAGUCUUGAACGGCGCCAAUCAACAGCACCUUUACCCCGCGUCAUCAUCAUCACCGACAACAAGAAACAACAUGUCACUCUUUGGCGGUUCACGAAUCGGCAGACAUGGGAUCACUCACCCAUGUGGCUGCUACAUCUUCAUCCAUGACACGCCUAAAUACCUCCCUCAGGUCCAAAUCAAGGCUCAUACCACUAUUCUCGCCACAACAUCUCGCACCAAUCUCACCCAAACUUUCGUCAACACCAGUGGCGAAGCCAUCGACGAGCUUCGCUAUGUAUUUCCUCUCUACGACGGUGUAUCCGUCGUCGCCUUCACCUGCACCGUCGGCUCUCGCGUCAUCAAAGGCGUAGUCAAGGAACGACAGAAGGCUCAGCAAGUCUAUAAUCAAGCCAAAGCCAGCGGACAAACCGCUGGGCUUUUCAAGCAAUCCCUCGAAGCAGCUGAUACCUUCACUACGACUAUUGGAAAUAUCCCUGCCGGAGAGAAAGUGCAGGUCGAUAUCACGUACCUUGGAGAGCUCAAGCAUGACGCUCAAGUUGAUGGUCUUCGUUUCACUAUCCCGACACAAAUCGUUCCACGAUAUGGGGAUUCCCAGUCCCUCCCCUCGUCCAAUGUUAUACAGAAGGAAGGAAUGUCUUUCACCAUCGAUGCAGAGAUGCCAGACGGUUCAGCUAUCAAGUCUAUUCAGUCCCCGUCUCACCCUCUUUCAGUUGAGAUUGGCACCACUUCCACCACAAAAUCCCAGGACCCCUCCCUCCAGAGAGCUUCUGCUACUCUCCAACAGAGCACUACUCAUUUGGAACAAGACUUUGUUGUCCAAGUAGUCGCCACAAAGCUUGGAGAGCCAUCCGCUAUUCUCGAAACUCACCCCACCAUUCCCAACCAGCGCGCCAUUAUGACCACGCUUGUCCCCAAGUUCAAAUUACCUGCCGGCAAGCCAGAGAUUGUUUUCAUCUGUGACAGAAGUGGAAGUAUGGGUGGUCAGAUACCUGGCCUCAAAACCGCUCUCCAGAUCUUUCUAAAGUCUCUUCCUGUUGGCGUCAAGUUCAACAUUUGUAGUUUCGGCUCUCGUUUCAGCUUCCUCUGGGACCGGUCACAGACCUACAGCCAAGAGACACUCGACAAGGCUGUUCAGCACGUCGAGACUUUCGACAGCGAUUAUGGCGGCACUGAGAUGUAUCAACCCUUUGAAGCCACUUUUCAGAAGCGCUACAAGGACAUGAACCUCGAAGUCUUCCUGCUCACUGACGGUGAGAUCUGGGACCAAGAUCGUCUUUUCCAGCUUAUCAACAAGGAAGUUGCUGAUAGUAAGGGUACUGCACGAGUCUUUUCCCUUGGUAUCGGAGCAGGUGCCAGUACCUCUCUGAUCGAGGGUAUUGCCCGAGCUGGCAACGGCUUUGCUCAAACGGUCGCUGAUGACGAGAAGAUGGACAAGAAGGUAGUCCGCAUGCUUCGAGGAGCUUUGUUUCCUCACAUUUCCGACUAUUCUCUCGAGAUCAAGUAUGACAAAGCAGACACUUCCACCGAAGAUGACUUUGAGUUGGUUGAGAAGGUCGUUGACGGGCUGAAGAUUGACACUGUCGAGGUUGAAGAAAAGAUCAAGGAAGUUGAGGCACCAAAGAAGCCUAUCUCUUUGUUUGACGCAUCUGCGAACGACGAUGACGAUACUGACAUGACUGAUGCGCCAGAAGUUGAGAACAAGUUCGACCAUCUUCCUGAGGUUUCUCUUCCUCGCUAUCUUCAGACACCUGGCACUAUUCCUCCCCUCUUCCCUUUCAACCGUACCACUGUCUAUGUCCUUCUCUCCGAGGACACUCCUUCCCAGCAACCCAAGUCUGUCAUCCUUAGGGGUACCUCCAGCCAUGGCCCUCUGGAACUUGAGAUCCCCAUAACCACAGUUACUGAGAAAGACUCUAUCAUUCAUCGUCUCGCAGCACGAAAGGAAGUCAAGGAACUUGAAGAAGGUCGGGGAUGGCUCAAACAUGCCAAGGACUCCGACGGCAAAUUCCUCAAGGAGAAGUACGAUGGUCACUUCUCAGACAUGAUCGAGCGCGAGGCUGUGCGUCUUGGUGUCAAGUAUCAAGUUGGAGGCAAGUGGUGCUCAUUCGUCGCUGUUGAGGAUAACGGCAGUGAAACAGAACGGGGAGAAGUCCAAGAAGCUAAACCUGACAAGCCUCGGCUACGUAACGUGCCACAAAUGAUGGCUACUCGCUUCGGUCUAACGCGCAGUAGCAGCUCUUCUCCCAUGAGUUACUUAAAUGCUGGAUCAUCGAACCAGCCACCUGCCAGCGGUGGAGCACUCUUUGGGAGCUCGAGUAAUGCAGCAUUCGGAAGUACAGCGGGAACUCGUAAUCGAGACUUUUCUUCAGCGGCUGGAAGCGGUGGCCUCUUCGGAAGUUCUAGAUCUUCCAGCACUGGUGGAGGACUGUUCGGCAACUCAAACACCCAAGCCCACGGUCCCGCCCCAUCCCAUACGGGAUCAUCCGGUGGCCUCUUCGGAGCCGCUCCAGGAGGGUCAUUUGGCAGAAGUGGAAGUCUGUUCGGCAGUGCUCCUCCGCCUCCUCCUUCUGCACCUGCACGACCAAGUGUUCAAGCCACAUCGCUUGCACCUCCUGCGGCUAGCGUUGAUGAAGAUCUUCUCAUUGAGUAUCAGCAAGAGAUGGCUGAGGCUGCAGCGAUGCCGCUUGACGCUGGACUAGAAGCGGAAGAGUCUGGUGAAGACAUGGGAUUUGCAUUGUUUGACGACGGACCUCCUGCUCCUGCGCCAGCUGCCUUUUCUGCCUUUUCUGCCAUGCCUGCAUCCUCUGUUCCUGAAGCUCCCAAGAAAAAUGCCAUCAGCGAUAUGGAGCCAUUGCAAGCUUUGACUACUCUCCAGUCCUUUGCAGGUAGCUGGUCAUGGAGUUCCGAUCUCGAGCGUGUUCUCGGCGUGACCUCUGACCAGGUUUCCAAGUUGGCACUCCCAUCUUCAGUCAAAGGCCAUUCGGAGAAGGACGAUGUUCUCGCUACAGCCUGUGCCGUAUUGUUCUUCAAGAACAAGCUGCAAGAGGAACUGGAUACUUGGGAAAUGUUGGUUGAGAAGGCAGAGGGAUGGUUGGAGGAGAAUAUUGGGGAGGAUGGUGUUUCUGAACUAUUCAGCAUCCUCGAGAAGUUCUUUUAACUAGUUUCUCCACGGUUUUAUCUUAGACAAAGUGUUUAAGGUAGUUAGUCAAUAUAAAAUCACCAUCUUAUUGUG